CAGUCUUUUUGGGUGCAUCUUGGCACGAGGUGCGUAAGCCGCCGAGCUGAACUUCACGCAGGUUGCCCAGCACUGACAGCGCCGGAAAGGAAACCGUGCCAGCGCUUGCAACCCCGUGGGAAGCCCUACCAGUAUAAACCAGUACCGUGCAUAUAGCAUAAUGUAUAUGUCAGCAUAACCGUGCCAUCUCUGCCGCUCUGCCGGGCUGCAGCCUCCGGCCGCAGGCAAACGGCCGGGCGGCGCGCCGGCGGCGCGGAAGAGCACACGCACUUCCUCAAAGGCGGAGAGGCGCGCACGAAAGCGCCGCCCGGGCACCGGCCGCGGCCGCCUCGGGGCCUCUGAACUGGCGGGACUGAGGCGGAAUUGAAGGGAGAAAAGGAAAAAAAAAAAAAAAAGCAAAAAAAAUCGCGUACGUCGCAGCGGGGGCAGCGAAAGGGAGAGCGCUGCGGAAAAGGAGAAGGGCAGGAAGGUACUUUUAUGGGGUUGCUUACAGCCGCUCGCGAAGGAAGGAGGAGGAAGGACGUUAGCAAAUCGCCCUUCAUCACGCUGUCGCUCCGCAAGCGAGGGAUCAAGCCCCAGGCGCAGGAUUCCCGGAGGACUCCGAGAGCUUCGUUUCAACCAGUCUAAGCGUGUCUCCCUUAAAAAAAAAAAAAAAACAACCCAAAACACCCCCUCCUCCCCAUUUCCUCGUCCAAAAUGUCCCUCAAGCUGCCCCGGAACUGGGAUUUCAACCUGAAAAUGGAUGCUGCAAAAAUAGCCCGCUCCAAGAGCGUGAUGACGGGCGAGCCGGCGCCCGCCGGUGCCCGCCCGGCCUCCCCCGGCCCGCUCGAGCGGCCCCUCAAGAUCGGCUGGCUCAAGAAGCAGCGCUCCAUCGUCAAGAACUGGCAGCAGCGCUACUUCGUGCUCAGGGGCCAGCAGCUCUACUACUACAAGGACGAGGACGAGGCCAAGCCGCAGGGCUGCGUGUCGCUGCAGGGCAGCACCAUCAGGGAGGUGGCCGGCUCCCCGGAGGAAGGAGGGAAGUUCAUCUUCGAAAUCAUCCCGGGGGUCGCCGGCGACCAGAACCGACUCGGACAGGACUCGUGCGUGCUCAUGGCGAACUCGCAGGCCGAGAUGGAGGAGUGGGUUAAGUCGAUCCGCAGAGUGCUGGGCUCGGCCUCGGGAGCUGUGUUCGGUCAGCGCUUGGCAGAGACCAUGGCCUACGAGCAGAAGUUUGGGCAGCACCAGGUCCCCAUCCUGGUGGAGAAGUGCGCGGAGUUCAUCCGGGAACACGGCAUGAGCGAGGAGGGCAUCUUCCGCCUCCCCGGCCAAGACAACCUGGUGAAACGGCUCCGGGAUGCGUUCGAUGCUGGAGAAAGGCCAUCAUUUGACUGUGACACGGACGUGCACACGGUGGCCUCGCUGCUCAAGCUCUACCUGCGGGAGCUCCCCGAGCCCGCCGUGCCCUGGGCGCAGUACGAGGAUUUCCUGCUGUGCGGGCAAGCGCUGGAUGCGGACGAGAGCAAGGGCCAUCAGGAACUACUGAAGCAGCUGUCCCUCCUUCCCCGAGACAACUACAACCUCCUCAGCUAUAUCUGCAGGUUUCUACACGAAAUACAGUUGAACUCUAGCGUCAACAAGAUGAGCGUGGAUAACUUGGCAACGGUGAUCGGAGUGAAUCUCAUCAGGCCGAAGAUAGGGGAUCCUGCGAUUAUUAUGAAAGGCACACCACAGAUCCAGAAAGUGAUGACUGUGAUGAUAAGUGACCACGCAGACCUCUUUCCUGCAUCCAAAGAUGUUCUGCCGUCUCCACCUACCCAAAAAAAUAAUGACUUCAAGAAAGCCCCCAUGCCACGCAGCUCCGUGGGCUGGGAUGCUGCAGAAGACCCUGCCGUGUCCAGGACAGAGAGUCUGAUCCAAAGGCAAAUGGGAGACGACCUGAGUGCCAACAGUGCCACUGGACCAGCUGCGAGUUCAAGUGUGCCUGGAGAAGAUAAUGAUGUGAAACAAUCCAAAGAUACCCUGGGAAUGUGGAAAAUGCAGUCUAGGAAAAGAACUCAGACUUUACCUAACAGGAAAUCUUUCCUGACAACUGCUUCUCAGGGAGAGAAAGGCAGCAAUGACAAAAGCGACAUAUUUGGCAGUGAUUUUUGGAAAUCCUCCCCAGGAACCAGCGUGCCUUCUAGGCUCCCUGAUGGACAUAAGAGAACAUUGUCUCAUGAUCUUUUUAAGCUGCUUGACCUUCACCGCGCUUCAGCUUGUGAUAACGUACCUACCUCUCAGGCGGAAAGCAGGGAAGGCUCCAGCCCCGGCACGGCGAGCAGCAGUUCCGAUAAGCAAUUCCUACCGAGCCCCAGCCCCAGCCAUCAGCCAAAAGAAAUAGCCAGCCCCACCAGCAGCCCAGCCGAGGUUUGCGAUCCUGGUCAGGAGAGCAAGGAGUUCCUGCAGAGAGUGAUCCUGAGGCUGGAAAAAGAAAUGGAAGCACAGAAAAAUAACUACGAAGAGCAAAUUAAAAGCCUUGAGAAGGAAAACUACGAAGUCUGGGCCAAGGUGGUGAGACUGAACCAGGACAUUGAGAGGGAGAAGAAGAAGUCGGAGGAACUGGAACAAAAGCUGAUGGACAUGGAACGCUCACGGGAAGACAUGGAGAAGAAAAACAAAAUACUUGAGGAGGAGAUAAAGAACUUUGCCCAAUCCAAGAGCAAAGCCAACGCCAAAAACAACUAGGAGAAGACACCUGAAGGAUGUGCGCAGACAUAAAAUGCAGCUGCGUGGUUUAGCAUCUGGAGGAACUGCCUAGCAGGAUCAGAGCCAGGGACUUGUAUAGGCCAGUGUCCUGUUACAGAUCACGGGCUGGUUCGGAGGAAGGAGCCCAGAAGUUAGAGAUUGGUUUACACUCUGAAAUAGGAAAUUUCAAAACCGUUCUUCAGCUUUAUUUUACUUUCUAAACCCUCCUCUGGCUGCUCAAGUUACCUGUACAACAGGCCACUACUUUUUGCUGCUCAACCAGAAUGUAAUAGGAUUUUAGGUUAAAUAUAUAUUAUACUUAACAGAAAUAAACAAGCAAGUGACCUUCCUGUCAUUCGGCUGUCUCCUUGCUGAAGAUAUCCUAGUGCUUUGAGUGGAACAAAAAGACUGUAAAUCCUGGAACUGGGGAGGCAGAAAAGCCCCCCGGUCUGAGGUGGCGUAGCCUCUUCGGUGUGCCUGGACACUGCGCUGCGAGGCACCCUCUGCGACAAGGUCAAGACGUUCAGGUUAACACAUGUUCUUCAUUAUUGCUCCUAUGGAGUGAGAGAAGACUCUCACUCUACACAGCCUUUAGACACAACCUUUAGAGAGGUUGUGGAGUCUCCUUCUCUGGCGAUACUCAAAACCUGCCUGGAUGCAACCCUGUCUAACGUGCUCUAGGUGACCCUGCUGAGCAGGGACGUUGGACUAGAUGAUCUCCAGAGGUCCCUUCCAACCUUACCAAUUCGGUGAAGAUCAGACAGGCUUUCUGAUCUGCCAAGAAGAGGACUAACGCAAGGUCACUCAUUAUGAUGUGUUGUGCUAGACUCAUCAAUGCUAAGGCUACAGAUACAAAUGGUCUGAGCAGAAUGAUAAAUCAUAAAAACCUAUUUAGUUAAAUUGCUGUUCAGUUGUUUUAGAUCACUGUUUCCUAUAGCCUUGUGUUAUGUAUAAUCCGGCACAGCUGCUGCUGAAGCCUUGGAGCAUCACUUCCAAGCAUUUAUACACGGAGCUCUUCAUACUAAACGAGUCCUUCAGGAGCUUUACUCAUUACAGAAAGUGAGGCUUCUACCAGUUUCCCUGGGAGACGGUUUUCACAGAAUAACAGAUCUGAACUUAUCUACCGCCUUCGCUUUUGUUUUUCAUCAUUCGGUCAGUGUAGGUUAGAAUUCCCUUGGUCAUCUUGAUGGCUAUCUGGAUUUGCACCGGAGCUGUGAUGCUGCGACUCUCCCCAUCAAGUGCAAGGACUAACUGGACUCAAAGACCUUGUGUUACCACUUUGGCUGUUUGUAAAUGCGUCGCUAUGGCUGCUUGUCUCCCGCCGCCUGCCAGUGAACUGGCCUUCACUGACAGCAAUGCUGCUGGAUGCGUUUGGCAUAGGAAAAAGAAUCAGGAAUUUGCAAGAAAACCUUUCCCGUGUCUCUGUUAGAAGGGUGAGAUGCAAACCACAACAUCAUCCCGGCCUAGAGCCUUCAUGGGAACAGAAGGAGAAAAAUAGAGAUGUGAAGGAGUUUUGAACCAAGUCCUUGAAACAAGGACUCUGCCUUUCCUUCAUGGCAGCUCUGCGAGUGUGUGUGGAGGCACGUGAGCAGCAGGAUGUUCGGGAGAAACUUGUCCAUCGGACCCGCGCGGCACAGGCCUGGCUCAAAGCGAAACGUGACCAUCUGGGCUGGGAAUGCCACAUGCUCCUUUCCGUUAAGAUCAGAAGUGUGAAGAGGCAAAUAAUUCCCACGCUGACUGCAGCAGAUCAUAAUGACCUGAAAAGCCUUGGCUGAGCCUCAGAAGUCCCUGAGACUGGGGCAAGUGCACGUUACUUUAGUAUAAACUGUGCAUUCCUCCACUUCCUUUGCAGAUAGGCUGCAAGAACCUCUAUCAAGCCACGUCUGUUUUCAACCAGCAGAGUAGCUACUUUGAAGAUAUUCUGCCCAUUAAAAUGUGGAGUGUUUACAGUGGUCAUAUUUACAAGAUAGACUUUCCAAGGAGGUCAGGUGGUCUGGAAAUUCCUGCAUCUAGACCCACUCAACUAUGCAUAAUGCAGUGAAAAUAAGAUAUCUUCUAGGAUAUAAUUCCAGUCUUGCUCUCACUGCCUAGUGUUCCUUGUGUUAGAGCAAAAAUCUGUUCUGUCGUUCUUAGACACUCGCUUCGGUGUAUCCAGCCGUCAAGGUUUGGUAGGUGUGAGAGGCAAGAAAACAAAAUCAUCCUUCCCAAUUCUCAUUGGAUCCCCAGCCAGUCACACUUAUGCUGACUUUUCCCCUCAUAUUUUAUCAAAGCUGCAUUUUUGGCAUGAUAGUUACUUUCUUUUUUUAGCUUGCCUAUUGCAUAAAAUAGCAAGUUGUGGGAGGCGAGGUGGACGUGCAGGAAAAGCAUCCAGCUGUUAUUUAGGAUAGUUUAUGCAAAUGAGAGAAAAACAACGAGAACACAUUGUUCUCCCCCAGAAUGACUGAAUAACACAGUUCCUCCUUCCUUUACACAGGAGCUGAAAGAUAUCCCCAAAACAGGCUGUCUUUGGUAAGAAAAGACUGCCAAAUUGAGACUGUACAAAUGACUGUUCACCAGUGUAUCUAGCAAUAAGUUACCCCUCUUGUAGUUAGCUUGCUUUUACAAGUGUUUCCUCUCCAGGUAAUUCCCAUAAAUCGAGGUGCUCAGCAAUUAAUUGGGAGGUUGGUUAUAACGUGGUUAUAACUUCAUGCUGUGUAUGCCUGUCCGGUUGUCGGUUCCUGGAAAAAGCAAAGUAAUGUUGGCUGAAUGUGACAACCAGGUAAUAGCCUGAACGACCUAAAUUUGAGCACAAGUUCCCUAACCGCAAGCCGUGGGGGCAGAGUGGAGAGAUGCUGCGGCUGAAAGGCUCCCGAGCAGGCUCAGCCUUUAUCAGACAUCAGAGAAUCCGCAGAGCAGAGAAAUGCGAGGAGCAGCGGACUUGGAGAGCGGGAAACAUCCCGUUUAUCCCUUCCCCUGUCACAUGCAAAGGCUUCAAAUAAAAGCCGUGGGCUUUCCAUGUAUAACCCCGUCCGAACGGCCUUGCGGCGCGGGGGAACGCCCUCGCACACAGGGAUGCUGUCGGCAGCUGCCAGUGCCGCUUUAGAAAAUUUGCUUUAUCACGCGUAAAAACAUGAUGCGAUAUUUAGACCCUCUUCACACAAUGUACCGAUAACGGGAACUGGAGCGGGGGCAUGUUUUCUUUUAAUCGCUUCAGCUGGCUGUGAUGCUGUGGCUACAUCCAGAGAGCUAUUUUCAAAGCAGUGCAGUUAAAGAACAGCUAGGGGAGGAAGGGAUGGGGCUUUAACCUCUUAUUAAAAGAAAUUAGGAUAAAUAUGAGCUUGGCAUCUGCUUUCUGAGCACAGGGGAGGCUCAUUUCUCAUUUCCCCAUCAGUUUUGCCUUGUUUCCGUUCUCACCUUGCUCCUAACGAGCGCCGUCACGGGGCGCAGCUCAGGUUUCCAUCCCUUUGGUGACACCUUCGCCCUGCACAUCCCUUCCCAGAGCCUGCAGGAUGGAUUGCAACAUCUGCCGAUGAUUCCCUGUACAUGCAUUUGCCUUCCUGACACCUGCUGAAACCCUGUCCGUGCUUUUAAAUGCCGAGCUCUUUGGAGAUACGGAGCACCUCGCCUCAAUGAGCCCUGGAGCUCCUCGGCCUCGCUGUCCCUGUCGAGCAACCCAACCUGUGGCAUCUGUGCAGAAACCAUUGGUCGGACUUGGCCCCGUCGCUGUUGCUGCGCUCGCUCCUGACUCCUGUUGAUGCAAGAAAAUUCAGGGUCGUGGUGUGUUUAUUUGUGCUGCCCCCUGCAAUCGAUUGGGGCUGUUAUCACUGAGGUAAGCAACACCCCCGCGGCACGCGGGGCAGGGGAUCAGCAGCUCCAGAGCUCGGCGACGCUGCAUCUUUCCCCUAGCUGGCAGUGUCGGGGCAUUGGCGCAGGGUCAAGGAUGGCACAAGAAGUUAUGGAUAAGCACUAGGAGAUUAAAUUGCUGUCAUCCACCCCGAACUGUUCCUGCUCACCGAACUACAGAGCCCCACAGAUAAUGGCAGCAGGAUGGCUUUUAAAAAUAAAGUCGUGGCAGGGUCGUUCUUCCAUUUCGUGAGGCUGCUCAGCGAUAACACGCAGGAAGAGUGGCCAGGAGCAAAGCACCCUGACAUCCCAACACAACCCGAAGACGGAGCUAUAAGGUGGUUUGCAUCUAUACUGGACUUUUUUGGACAUUAGUUUAGGGCUCAGGUGAUUCAUGUCCCAUUCCCUGCUCUUCUCUGAGCUUUUUCUUUCACCUGACCCACAUCUUAGCUCCCUGUCUUCUUUGCGGUGGUGAUGUGACCUCAAAACCACGGUGUCUGAGCAAACAGCCCAUUGCCAUGAUGAUGUGUCCGAAUCGGUGCGGGCCUUACGGUGCCCUGGCCAGGCAAGGCGAAGGUGGUUGUGGCAGAGUGCUCAGCACUCGCAGCUCAAACCACAGUAAUUAGGUCUUCUGCCCGAUGAACCUCAAGCCAUGAGGCCACAGAUUUCAUCUCCAAUACUCAAUAAAAAAAUAAUGAAGCCUUUAAAA